AUGGAUUCUGCGCGGGUGGAUGAGUUUAGGGCCACCCUACCCGAGUAUGGCAUUACACACAAGAACGUUAUCAAGUGCAACAUGGAUCACGAUGGUCUGGAUCUGUCGCUGGCCAAACACCAUGUCAUGUCAGUACAGUACACGCGUUGUGUGAGUCGACUCUGCCAUCCAUGUGGUGAAGACCAAACACAGCCACUACGGUGCCCAGAUGAUGACCCCAAGCACAACUCCAAGACGUUGUUCAAGAUGCUCAAGGCGUCCAAGUGUCAAAACAGAUUCGGUGGCAUGCCAUGUCCCACUUUGAAGCAAGUGCAGCAUGCAGUGCAUUACAUGCGGUCCAAAGACCAUUUGCAGAAGAGCACCGUUCCUGCAGCGAUUGAAGAACUCAUGAAGUGGCGACUCACCGACAACGUCGAAGUCCAGGUAGCGCACAAACCAUUUGUGUUUGGUGUCGAGGAGGAAGGUGGUCGCUUCGAGCUGGCGACGGUGUUGUGCAGGCAUUUCGUGUUGUACUACGCUGUGGUCACGGCCAUCCCAACGAAGACCGUCAUAUGUCACAUGAACACGACAUUUUCGACAAACGAGUUGGGCUACCCCAUGUUUGUAUUUGGAUACUCCGACAUGGCGGGCUCAUUUCACCUUCUGUGCGUAUGCAUCACGUCGCAGCGGACCCACGCCGACGUCGCGUGGCUACUGCGGUCACUCAAGGAGAAGUUUACAAGUCUCCUGAAUUAUGCAUGGGCGCCGACAAGACUAAUGGGUGACUGA